AUGAUCUUGACGCAUUUCAAUCAACUUCUGCCGACAUCUGGCGUUGAAUUCGCCUGUCAUUUAAAAUUCACUUCCAGUGAUACGCACAACAUCAUCACCACCGCGAACAACACGCUUAAGAUCUAUGAGAUCAGCAUCGAGCACCACCAGCAUCUCAAUCAGCACAAUAUUCCAUUCUCUCUCCCAUCUGCAAAGCUUCUACUGCGCCGUGAAUACCACCUCCACGGCGAAAUUGUCGGUGUACAAUCAAUUAGAAUUCUAGCGAGUAUCGAGGAUGGCAAGGAUAGGCUGCUUUUGUCUUUUAGAGAUGCAAAAAUAGCGCUGCUAGAAUGGUCAAACGAUAUAAAUGAUAUUGUGACUGUUUCUAUUCAUACGUAUGAAAGGUCCAGUCAGGUCCUAUCACAAGACAUGACGCGCUUCAAGUCAAAUUUACAAUCUGAUCCCGAUAAUAGAUGCUCUGCUUUGCUUCUCCCAGAUGAUUCCCUCGCCUUACUCUCAGUCCAUGGCACUCAAGCUGACCUCGACGACCUCGAUGACGAUGUUUCCAAAGCCAUCAAAGAUGUCCCUUACGCGCCUUCUUUCAUCCUCCCUCUCAAAUCUAUUGACCAAGACAUGUGCAACGUCAUUGAUUACUGCUUCUUGCCGGGUUUUCAUAAUCCAACACUAGCCAUCCUCUGUCAGCCCCGACAGACUUGGACUGGUAGACUUUCCGAUUCUCAAGACACCUGCCAGCUGUUCUUCCUCACUCUCGACAUUGUUACUCAAGUAUACCCCAUCAUCGCAACCGUCGACAAUCUCCCGUAUGACUGCAUAUCUCUAACCGCAGCUCCAAAGGAAGUUGGUGGUGUUGCCAUUCUAUCAGCCAAUGCCAUCAUACACGUCGAUCAGAAUGGCCGGCCUGUCGGAAGAGCAACGAAUGGCUGGUCAACCAUAACUUCUUCGAGGACACACGAUCCUCCACCUAAAGAUCUCUUCGUGCGAUUGGAAGGUGCUUCAAUUGGAUUUUUAAAACUCAAUCCGAGACAAAAUCACCCACAAGCUUUACUUUUUCUUCCAAAUGGCGACAUACACGCAGUGCAAUUUUAUAGAGAAGGUAGAACAAUUUCAAGAGUCGAUAUAAGCAAGCCAUUCGCAAGAGGUAGUAUCCCAUCGGGUGCUUACAGACUUGAUAUUGAUGGAGAGGGUUUAGGUGGUGGGCAGUUCAUGUUUGUUCCUUCGAUGGUCGGCGUCAGCUUUCUGCUCCGCAUCGGUGACUCCCUUGAUAGUCUCGAGCUUUUCCCUAAACCAGAUAAGCUCGCUAAUACAGCUUACGACGAUAUGGAUGUCGAUAUCGACGAAGACUUAUAUGGAUCAUCAGAAACCAAGAACAAUUUGAAAGAGGAUGGAGACAGCGCAAGCCAUGAGCCACCAUUCACCAUCUCCGACUACAUUCAAUCGCAUGGCCCCGUCCAAGAUAUAACGAUGGGGAGAUAUACAAAGACACCAAAUUCACCGCUUCAGAUUCUGGCUGCUACGGGUGCCGGCCACGUCGGUGGCAUUACUGCUUUCCAUCAGGAGAUACCGUUCGAGAGCAAGAAGAAGCUUGAUAUUAGUUGCAAUGUCGGACUAUGGACGUUCGCAUUGAGUAGUCUUGGUAUGGUUAUUGUGGCCUCAGACACGCAAUCGAAGACAAAGUUAUUCAAACUGUUGCCGUCGAAUGAGAUAGAGUUGGUAGCAGAGAACGACGAGGUCACUGUCUCGGCUGGCUUGAUAGCCAAUAAGUCUCGUAUCUUGAUCGUAGGAAAGUCCAGUAUAAAGGUUUUCCAAGAAGGCAACUCAUUUGAAAUUUGCCUGCAAGUGGACGGCGAAGCGAUAGAGCGGGCGAUAGUCGAUGAUCGUUAUGUAUUGACAUUUCUGGAAGAUGAUCGCAAAAUCCUAUUCAAUGUCGAUGGUAUCAAACUGAACAAAGUCGCGGACUUGAAAGAUGACCUUAGAAUUUUAUCUAUUUACAAGGACGUCCGUGGAGUAUUUGGACAAAUUGAAUCUUGUUGUCUUUGUACAGUCACCAAGUCUGGCUCUUUGGAUAUCUUGAUGCUUCCAUCUCUAGAAUCCGUGUUCUCCUCAAAGCAUCUCGCGUAUAUACCCUCAUCAAUGUUCAACACUGCUGGAACUGAGGAAGCUAUGGCGGACAAAGAUGCCAGCGACGGUGACGGUGUUCUUGAAGCUUGUUUGGUGAAUCUCGGCCGAAGGUUCAAGAGAACAAAUCUUAUUGUUCUCCACGAAUCUGGACAUCUUGUCUUGUACGACACGUUUAACUCUCCAACCGGAUUGGCUUUUUCCAAAGUCACAUCAACCGUCAUACAGAUAUCAGCAACGGUUCAUUCAAAAAUCAUUCCGUGUAACGAAAGCGGAGCUGUGGUGACCGGUCGUUCGCCUGUCAUGAUCAGCUGCGAAGAUACAUCACCACCGCGCAUACACCGUUUCAGUCAAAAGUACAUGCAACAAGCAGCUCCAUUCACCGAUGGAAUAAUCUACCUUGCAAAUGAUGUAGUUACCUUGGCAAGAAUAGGUGAUGAUGUAGAGUAUAGUGAGAGUCUGCCACUCAGACGUCUAGCAAGUGGAAGACACUUUGACAAAAUAGCCUUCGAUCCUACUUCCCAAAUGUACGCCGCUACAUCAACAGCCAGCGUACCGUUCAGGUUGUUCGAUAAUGCGGGCAACUAUCUCUGGAAACCGCCAAUGGAGAAUCUCUCUCCCGCCACAUCAUAUCGCUCAUCGAUCGAGCUCUUAUCACACGAUUGUCGGUCAUCUUUAUUCGGCUACGAGUUUGAGCAGAAUGAAUUCGUUAUUUGCUGCGACACAGUGUCAUUGCUCUCACCCUCAGCCAACGGAACCUAUAAAGACUUUAUAGGAGUUGGAACGUGUAUAAACAAGGGUGAAGAUGUGGCUGUUAAGGGAGCCAUCUACCUUUUCGAAAUAGUAGAAUUGGUGCCAAGCUCAAAGGAUGUUGGAAACAAUUACAAAUUGAGAUUGCUUAUGAGAGAGGAGACGCGAGGAGCUGUCAGUGCAAUCACAAGCUGCUCUGGUUAUUUUGUUGUUGCUGUCGGUCAGAAGGUGCUAAUAAGAGCUUUAGAGAUUAACGAGAGGCUUGUGAGCGUAGCGUUCUAUGACGCGGGUACAUAUAUUGUUUCGCUUGAAGUUCUCAAGAAUUUUAUAUUGGUGGGAGAUCAAGUCAAAUCGAUUACAUUUCUGGCAUUUCAAGAAUCGCCAUACAAACUAGUUCAACUAUCACGAGAUGCGCGACAGAUAGAGACAUGCGUGUCCAAUUUCCUUGCAUAUGAGGAUCAGAUAACGUUUGUCAGUAAUGACAUAAAAGGAGACAUGAGACUGAUUGACUAUAAUCCAUUCGAUCCUGCUGCGGAGGGUGGAGAGAAGUUGAUCAGAACGACUGAGUUCCACAAAGGUGCUGAAGCUACCUGCUCACUACUUCUCGCGAAGCCAUCAGUCAGGCCUUCAUCGGAGUUAUUGUUGGGUGGUGUCGAUGGUUCGCUGAGCUGCUUAACUCCAGUGGAUGAGCAAUCCUUUAAAGCGCUGUGGCUGCUUCAGGGUGCGUUGGUCAGACAGAUUCCUCACGUAGCAGCUCUCAACCCUCGAGCUCAUAGACACGUUCGCAACGAUUAUGUCUCCAGAUCACUCUCUAAGGGAAUUCUUGACGGCCUUUUACUUUCAAAGUACCAGGGUCUUGAUCAUUUGACGCAGAUCGAGAUAGCUAAGCGUAUUGGAUAUUCCAAGGCUGAAUUAUUAGCAAUUCUAAGGAACCACGUUUGA